GUGUCAUUGUCCACCCGACCCUCUCCUCUCUCCUCCUCUUGACUUCCCAUCUUCAUCAACCACCACCUCUUCCGACCGAUCUCAUAAUCCACAUCCCAUCACCUCGUAGGAUCCUCGCGCCCAUAGCGAGACUGCCUAACAUGAAGAGCACUCUUAUCGCAGCUGCGCUGCUCGGAUCCGCUUCCGCCGAGAUCCACAAGCUCAAGCUCAAGAAGGUCCCCAUUGAGGAGCAGCUGACCUCCGUCCCUAUCGAGACUCAGGUCCAGCAGCUUGGUCAGAAGUACAUGGGUGUGCGCCCCCAGAGCCAUGCCGACUACAUGUUCAACAGCAAGCCGGUUCAGUCCGAUGGCAACCACAAUGUGCCCGUGAGCAACUUCAUGAACGCUCAGUACUUCUCCGAGAUCACCAUUGGAACCCCCCCUCAGACGUUCAAGGUUGUUCUUGACACCGGCAGCUCCAACCUCUGGGUUCCCUCCCAGCAAUGCAGCAGCAUUGCGUGCUACCUGCACACCAAGUACGACUCUUCUGACUCGUCCACGUACAAGGCCAACGGCUCCGAGUUUGAGAUCCACUACGGCUCCGGCAGCCUGACUGGAUUCGUCUCCCAGGACACUGUCACCAUUGGUGACAUCAAGAUCAAGAACCAGGACUUCGCCGAGGCCACUAGCGAGCCCGGCCUGGCCUUUGCCUUUGGUCGCUUCGAUGGUAUUCUCGGCCUCGGCUACGACACCAUCUCGGUCAACAAGAUCGUCCCUCCUUUCUACCAGAUGGUGAACCAGAAGGCCGUUGACGAGCCCGUCUUUGCCUUCUACCUCGGCGACACCAACGAGCAGGGUGACGAGAGCGAGAUCACACGAUCCUCUCCGCCGCAGGCGUACUGGGAGGUCGACCUCGACUCGAUCAGCCUCGGCGAUAACACGGCCGAGCUCGACGGCCACGGUGCCAUCCUCGACACCGGCACGUCGCUGAACGUCCUCCCCUCGACCCUGGCCGACAUGCUCAACAACGAGAUUGGCGCCAAGAAGGGUUACAACGGCCAGUGGUCGGUCGAGUGCGACAAGCGCGCCAGCCUGCCCGACAUCACCUUCAACCUUGCUGGUUACAACUUCAGCAUUUCUGCCUACGACUACAUCCUCGAGGUGUCCGGCAGCUGCAUCUCGACCUUCCAGGGCAUGGACUUCCCCGAGCCCGUGGGCCCCCUCGUCAUUCUUGGCGACGCCUUCCUGCGCCGCUGGUACUCUAUCUACGACCUCGGCAAGAACACGGUUGGUCUGGCCAAGGCCAAGAAAUAAACGGACAGCCGUCUUCAUGUAGCCAUAGGAACAUGCGAAUUGAUUGAAUCCGAGCGUCAUUCGACAGCUUGCUGCAUCAACAGGGACGAGAGGGGUCGACAGGCUUUCUUAUAUUUCUGUAGUCAGAGAGAAGAUGCGGUUGGAGGACGCGCGGAGAACAUGAGCGCUUUUCUUUUGUAGGCAUGGACAGGUAGUCUAGUAAUAUCUCAUUGACGCAGC